AUGGAGCCAGUACUCGAGUGGGAUGUGGCAAAAGUGACUUGGUGGUUUAACCAGAACGGAUUCCAAGGAUACGAAGACACGCUUAAAGAGAACUCAAUUGACGGCGAGGUUCUGGUAAAUCUGGACCACGAUUCUCUCAAGGACCUGGGCAUCCCAGCGUUGGGCAAGCGGCUGCUGGUUCUCAAGUCUGUAUACUUUCUCAAGCUCCAGCACGAAAUCCCUAUUACUACAGACAGUUAUGUUCCGCAGACAGUCGAUGUGGAGCCCGACUACGCGCACGGGAGCUCGUAUCAGCGCAAGCAGAAGCGGUAUUCAGAGGAGACAAUUUCACGGCUAAUGGAGGAGAUAACGUCGCUGUCGUCCGAAAUAGCCACAAUUAAAACGGAUAUGCAGAGGAUAUACAGGCUGAGCAUACUGGAGAACAAGCCGCUGCCAGCGCCAGUACCAUUGCCGGUGCGCCAGAUGAAUGACCCGUUUGUGGGCGCAACGAUUGCUGCGCGCAGGAACCAAGCGUUGAAUAAAGAGUACGAUGGUCCUGGGGGCGGCUCUGGAAUUUCAGCGCCUGUGGGCGGCGUCUACAGGCGCAGCAUUCACCAACACCCCUAUUACGGCCAUGGCAGCAGCGCCCUCGCUGGUAUUAAAUGCCACGGUGGCUCGUCGCUUUUGCUGCCGAACAGUCAUGCGAGCAGCACGCCAUCGAGCCAGACUCCCGUCACCCCGCACAUUCGCGUGUACGGUGACAAUGCGCUGCAGCGUGAGAACGAGUCAUACAAGAGUUUCCGAAUCUCGGCGGAUGAUCCCUGUAGCACGAUUCUCCCGCACGCACUGAAGAAGUACCACAUAUUCGACGCCUGGCACAACUACUCGCUGUGCAUCCAGUACGGACCCUCGGGCAAGGGAAAGAACGAGCGUGUAUUGGCGCUAGACGAAAAGCCCUUGCAGCUGUUCCAGCAGCUGAAGGACGCCGGUGAAUCGCCAGUGUUUGUCCUCAAAAAGAAGAACUCGGGUAUGAACCCAUCGUUGGACAGCAGCUUGCCGCACCGCCUGAGCGUUAGGGGAAGCACCUUUAAUGGCAAUGGCUCGCGCACUAGUCUCUUCUCGCUGGAGCAAAACAACACAUCAUCAUCGUCCUUGGAAAUGAACAUUGGCAACCUGGCAGGCGCCAGCUCAUCAAACAACGAGUUUGAGAAGCUUUGA